AUGGCGGCUAUCCCUUUGUUUCACCUGGGUGGAGAAUCAGCUAAUGAAGUUUCGUCUGAUGAAGAAGGAACCGAUCCAGGAUGGGCGAAGCAUCCAGCAAGGGCUGUGUUGAAAGCUGGCUUUGAAGAUGGAACAAUUCCUUUAGAUUACAGCAAGACAAUCAGGCCGAGGGGAGUUUUCGAUAUGUUUGAGGACCAUCCAGCAUUUGCAAACAUGCCUUAUGGGGAUACAUUUACUAGAAGACUACGUGAUUUGAGGAAGCAGGUUGGGGGGAGAGUUGAUCGAGCAGCUGAAGACCAACUGGCCUUCGACACUUUCCGGAAGAAUACUCCAAAGAAGACGCACAACUCGAAGGGAGAGCCAAGGUGGGAAGGAUCUGAUGCGGAGUUGUGGCUGAAACAAGAUGUUGCGGAUGGCCUCCACAAGGGAGUAAAGCCGAAAGAUCUCCAUCAAACACGGCAAGCAUACCUCGAGUUUGGUCUGAAGGUAUUUCGUGGGCACAUCAAUCAAGAGGUCCGACUUCGAAAGCUCCACAAUUAUCUGGAAGACAAAGGCAAGGCGGCAAUGAGUGAACCUAGAUCGGACAACGAUGCCUCAGACGAUAGUAGCGAGAGCAAUGAAUAG